GCAAAAUGUAUAAUUAUAAUUUUUGGAUUGAUGAAUCAUUCUCCUCUCCAAAUAAAGAAAACAAACCUUCAGUGCCUGUCAUUGAGGUACCCUUUCCACUCAUAGUCAAUCUAGAAGAAUUAGUUACAAGUCAAAGGAAG